AUGGCCGACGUUUACAUUCAAGUCAGGCUUGCAGAUAUGGAGGUUUACGUCCAUGGUAUGGCCUGUACACCAACAGAAGUGAUGGAUGAGAUGUGCAAGCAGGUGGAUAAUGGGCGACUUUCUAACAUCAAGGUUAGCCAUGUACUAGUACAGGGUAACAUUCCAUGGAAGAAUCCUAAGUACUACGGUGAGCUAUUUGUCUAUUUACAAAUUAUCAUUUAUAAACAACAGGACUGUUCUAAGUGCAGCAAGAUCCGUUCUAAAUGCCUUUUUGUCUGUGAUAAUAUGAGGAAGUUAGUUAACGAAGUGCCAAAUAAAUGGCUUACAAUUGUAGGUCAUGCUGACUGUUAUUCAAUUUUUUUGUCUGAAAUUGCCAAGAUGUACACUUCGUUCACAGCACCAGUCGACGUUGCAAUUGUCUCGGUGACGCCACCAGACCAGUUUGGCUACUGCAGUAUGGGAGUUAGCAUAGACUGUACCUCCAGCGCUGUACGGGCUGCUAAAAAGAUCAUUGGACUCGUAAACGAAACAGUGCCACGUACUUUCGGCGAUUCGUUGAUACAUUCAUCUCAUUUUGAUAAAAUUGUCAGAACAAAUCGACCUGUUUACUCAAUACCACGACAAGAGGACGGAACAGUUAAUGUCGUGGAACAAAAGAUUGGGGAAUUAAUUGCCAAUAAUCUUGUCUCUGAUGGUGCAACACUGCAAAUGGGGAUCGGUGGCAUCCCGGACGCAACGUUGGCACAGAUGGUUAACCAUAAAGACUUAGGUGUACAUACGGAACUGUUUGGUGAUGGUGUUACCAACUUAAUUAAGAAGGGAGUGAUAACAAAUGCACGUAAAACUUUGGAUCCUGGCAAAAUUGUUUCUUGCUUCGCGUUUGGGAGCCAAUCACUAUACGACUUCAUAGAUAACAAUCCAUUUUUCCUAUUCCGUGCUUGUUCAUACACCAACGAACCACAGGUUAUACGAAAACAGCAUCGGAUGACGGCCAUUAACUCUGCUAUAGAAGUAGAUCUCACUGGACAAGUCUGCGCAGAUUCUAUCGGUACAAGAAUUUAUUCAGGUACACCAUCCGUCUUUACUCAUUUGUUUGAUUACUUGCACACUUUGAUCCCCCCUGGACGUCGUUUCGUUCCCUUCAAAGGCGAUUGGGACUCAUCUGCAUUUGUCCCAGCUGGUUUAUAA